AUGCAGGUCAACGAUACCUUGGCAUCCCAGGAACCUGUCGCCAAAUUGACUAAAGCACUCGAAGGAUUGGAGGUCGAGGAAGAGUGCAACGAUGCACAGGAUAUGGCUCUCGACGAGUUCUUAGUCAACGCACUCAAGAAUCGACAGGAGCGGAUCUUUUUGCUGAAGCUUGACCGAGAGUUUUGCAGCUUCAUCAACAACCCAAGUCAGCCUCAACUAGAGUUCCCAACUCUCAAUGGCUACUAUCGUAUGAUGGUCCACAAAGUCGCUAACUACUUCAAGCUCACCCGUAUCGUCGAUCCGUCGCAAAAGAUUAUCCUCUUCAAGACCGAAUCGUCUGCGAUCCCCCCAUUACGCAUCUCAGACUUGGCCGAAGAAGAGGACGAACAGCCCGUCAAGAUGAUGAAGGUUUUGAAGAGGAAUCCCGGUAGAUCCUCCAGUGGAUCAGCUACUCCAGACGGAUCAUCAGAGCCAGAGCGAAAGCCCAUGUCGAUCAAGGAACGUGAAGAGGCAUACGCCAAGGCCAGAGCGCGAAUUUUCCAGGAGGAUGUCCCGGCCAAGCCAAAAUCGCCAAGCGAGAGUUCUGAUCCAAUUGUCCCUGUCGACUCUCCCUCCACAACUGCAGUGGAAACAAAUCCGCCCGGUCGGGAAGGCAACGAUGAGAGUCCCCAUGGAGCCAAUCGCACGAGGACUUCUAAUGGGAAGAAGUCGGUGGCUGGAUCUAGGCACACGGACGAUCAGGACGAACGGGAUGGACGUCAGCCAUCAUUACCAAACUCGUGCAAUGUCUCCCGAAGCACGUCUCCAUCACCCUCCGUCACCAUCAGCAACUCUGAUCCAAAUGCUCGACAAUCCGGCAAAGGACUUCGGCCCAAAGCAAAGCAGUCUAAGACCGAUCUUGCAGCAGAGUGCGCUGAUGUCAGAAGACGUAAGAGCACGACUUCCAAUGCUUCGUCAUCGUCGGGAACUGUCAAGACACCGGUGGGGUUGGCCCGGACCAUCUCGUCAUCAUCUAGCCAGGAUGGGUUCCAGAGCCCCAAUUCCGGCAUGACCUUGACAGAGUCGCCUACUGUGAAUUCACCUUCAAGCGGAACACCCAAAGGAUACGACUACUUUGCGCCCAACCCCAACUCGAAUUCCGGAUCUGUAUCGCCCAUGAGCAAUGGACUACGAGCGUCCUAUACCUACCCUCAGCCCGGCGGACACAAGCAACAACGGAACUUCAACGGCCCUGCGACGCAUAAUGGAGGCGGCCCAGGCGGUAUGGGAUACAACAACGCUCAGUCCAACUCUGGUUUCAUGAAGGGUAUGAACACACCCGCCUUUGUGCCUAAAAAACCAUAUCCCAAGCAUGGUCAGGUCAACAACCACCAAAACGCCGGUCCCUAUAACAAUGGCCCCAUGCCUGGCUACCCUUCAGGGCCUUCCAACCCACCCCAUGCAUUCAACAACAAUAACAACGGCAACAACCAUUAUACCCAGCAACCACACCCUAACCCGGCUUCACCCUGGUCUGAUCGAAGCGGAGCCCCAGGGCAGGAUGGACCCAAUUUUUAUGUGCAACAGGAUGCUAUGCAUGGCAGCUCGUCGCAACCCCCGCCUCAAGGAUUCAACUACUCCAAUGCUCCCAAUCAGUUCUCGCAACCAGGACCAAGAUUCCAGGGUCACCAAAUAUCCCCAGGCGAAGGCCCUCAGAAUGGACAGCGGUAUCCCUUCCACCACAAAGGACCAUAUGAUGCUAACUGGGGACAAGGACCCGGCCACCCUGCCGGACAGGGUUAUGAUCAGCCCAACACGCUGUACAACCCAGCAGCCCAACCACAGGGAGGCAAGAAACCAUACAAGAACUAUCACUCGAUCCCAGUAGUGAACCAGCAGCAGUUUUCGUCAACGAUGGGAGGUCCUCAGAACGUCAUGUCUCAGGCUUUACCCGGAGCGGGACCUGGUGGCAUUGGCGGGAAUGGUGCGAUCUCUCAUUACGACAUUGAGCGGAGGCCACCCAAAUCCGCUGAACUCUUUGACCCCAAUGGCCCACAGCCCUCAAGUGGCAGUGGGGGAGGAGGAAGCCAAGGCGAGUUUGGGAAUGGUAGCCGUUACCAGGGAACGAGCGACGGAGGAUAUAUGAGCGGUCAAGAUGGACCGACGAUGGCAGGCGAGAGGCAACCUCAGGGACACCGAAGCUCGUUCCAUGGGCAGUAUCAGUCGCAGUCCGGCGCACACUACAAUCAGGCGACAUUCCAGCCACCACAUGCACCUAUUGCUAUGAACCGGUCGUACUCUUCCUCGUCCUCUUCAGCGGGUUACAGUGGAGGAAACACAAGCAGCCCCGGCCCUCAUGCGGGCAAGAAGAAUCAUAGCCUGCUCUAUGACUAUUCAGUGACAACCCAGUCCUAUGAUGGCAAUGUCAAAUCUACUACCGCUGAGGCUGACAAGGCGUCUGCGCCAGCAUUAGGUCACAUUUUGGAGAUCUUCGGCUAUGAUGCACAGGACGACAUUUUUGAGGAUUUGGCACUGCCAGCUGGUUCGAAGGUGAGGCGGUUAAAGGCGGCCAACAAGGAGUUGUUGGGCCAGGUGUUGGUGGUGUUCAAGAAUGCGACCCUGGCGUCCGAGGCCUUGUCCACCUUCCAAGAGGGCAAGUCGACAUGGAUGAACCCUGAGGCGAAGCUGCAGUUUGACUCGACGUGCUUGACCUCAGAGGAAGGCGAGAGUGUGGAGGCAACUGGAUCGGAGGAGGGAGAAUCGGAGGAAAGUUCCAAGUCGGCAGCGGCAGCAUUACCUUCGACACGGUUACAACGUCGGUUCAAUGUCAAAGUCUGGACACCUGUUCUUGUCAACAGCGUAACACCUCUCAAGGCCACUCAGCCCCAGCUUUCAUCAUCACCAUCGAACGAUUCGACCAACAACAAUAACAAUAACGCUGGCAGUGCUAGUAGUAUUGGAACUGCACAGUCGGAGGAUGGCGAGGAGAGAGAUCAGGAGGAUGUUGUUGUUGUGAUUGGUAUUUCUUCUUCAUCUGCUGCUGCUGCUGCAGUAGCUACUGCAGUUUCGUCCUCAUCACCGACAUUGCAGAAGGAAAGUGAUCCAGGGUCUGUGAUACUGGGACUCUAG